AUGAGUGAGAUUACAGGCAAGCUAUCGAAUCGAGUAAUGAACAUGAAGUUCAUGAAGUUCAGUAAAAGUAGUACUGAUGAAACUGAAUCCGAGGUUGUUAGCACUGCUAAGAAGUUUUCCGAUAGUUCUGAGUGGACUUUACCUAAACAUAAGGGUACCGAUGACGAUCAAGUUCAGAAGAGUAGUGUCAGAAAAGUUAUAAGAGUUAGAAGGACUCCAAUUGUUCUUUCAAACGUAGGGGUAGCUACUAUUAAGGAAGAUGUGAACAUCAUUAGAGGUAGGAGGAUGGUUGGUGAACCUCCUCAGGAACAUGUAAAAAGAAGUUCAGAAACUGCAGAAAUUUCCUCUGAGAAAGAGGAUGACGGUUACGAACCUUGUUUAGAUCAACUAUUUAAGGAAUCUAAGAACUCUCAAUCGAAUAAGAACAAGAAGAAUAAACAUAAGAAACAAAAGAAGAGGAAUUGA